GAGAGCAUGUCCCAGCAUGCAUUUCUGCGCUUCAAUAGUAACCGAUAGUAACACACGGCGGGUAUUUCCAUGCUACUAUGUGUGUUCAAAAAAUAUACUUUUAUUUUGCAUGUUCCGCUUAAAGUUUUAGCCUGUUUUUCGGACUUAUAUUUCAAGUAUCCACGUGUUUUGGUCUUAUGUGAAAAUCUGAACCGCUGAAUUGAUGAAGAAGCAAUAAUGAAAGUAAUAUCCCCGCUCGCGCCGCGUGCUGCAGUCGGAUACACUGCUCCUCACAUCUGACACUCUGUGUUCCGUGCUUUGAUGGAUGUGGCGGGAGCUAGAUAUUCUGCAUGAAGCUACUGGAGAAACCUUGCAAAUCAUCUCAUAAGCAUAACUUGACACAUCUUAAUCUGUGAUGACGGCGAACGUGCUCUUUCUUCUGACAUCUGCCUUCAUCUGCAGUUUGACAGACGCGGCCAAACUCAAUAUACCGAAGGUUUUAUUACCUCUUGCCAGAAGCACGAAGAUCAAUUUUACACUGGAAGCAACUGAAGGAUGUUAUCGAUGGUCGUCUAACAGGCCGGAGGUGGCCAGUAUCGAGGCAGUGGAUGUGGAUGAGCGUCAGUGCUCUCAUAAAGCGGUUCUGCAGGCGCGCUCCACUCAGCCGUCCAGACUCACCAGCAUCAUACUCGCCGAGGACAUCUUGACCGGACAGGUGCUGCGCUGCGACGCUAUUGUGGAUGUGAUCAGCGAGAUCCAGAUCGAGUCCACCACGCGAGAGCUUCAUCUGGAGGAUUCGCCGCUGGAGCUGAAGAUCCAUGCGCUGGAUUCAGAGGGAAACACCUUCAGUACUCUGGCCAGUCUGCUGUUUGAGUGGACUGUAGUGAAGGACGCUGAGAUGGCAGGCUUCCCCGACUCCUACAACACCCUGCGGGUGCUGAGGUUUGCGGAGUCGGCGUACACGCCUCCUGCCUAUAUUUCUGAGAUGGAGCGAGUGGGACAUCAGGGAGAUAUCAUCCUAGUUUCAGGAAUCAAAACCGGCCAUGCCAAGCUCAAAGCCAAAAUACAAGAAGCAAUCUACAAGGAUGUUGGUGCUGCUGAAGUCAGAUUGCUGAUUCUGGAAAACAUCCUUCUGAGUCCUGCAUAUGACGUUUAUCUGCUUGCCGGCACCUCCAUCAAAUACAAAGUCCAGAAAAUUCGGCAAGGAAAGAUUACAGAGCUGUCCAUGCCCUGCGAUCAGUACGAGCUUCUCCUUCAGAACAGAGUGGUGGCCCCUCACGGAAACCCAGAUGCCCCUGUGGCAAACCUGGACCGGAGCAGCUCGACCGUGUUUGCGCUUCAGCAGGGACACACCAACAUCGUGCUGGACCACAAGAGUCUCGGGAUGCAGGGCGCUUCCCGACUUCCCAACAGCACCAUCUAUGUCGUGGAGCCUGGAUACUUGGCAUUCAAGAUUCAUCCUGAGGAUCGCUGGGUCCUUGAGACGGGGAGGAAAUAUGAGAUCUUCAUUGAAGUGUUUGAUAAGUCAGGUCACAAGAUUUACCUCUCUGAUAAUAUCCGUAUAGAAACCAUGUUCCCUACAGAGUAUUUUGAGGUCCUGCACUCGUCUGUUAAUGGAUCUUACCACCAUGUGAAAGCUUUGAAGCGCGGUCAGACCAUCAUUGAUGGCACGCUGGAAGCGGUUGUUGAUCAAACAGGAAGUGUCCACACGCUCUCUGUUCCUGUGCGUAAUGAGCAGGACGUGGAGAUCUACGACCCCAUCGUCCUCACUCCCGCCAUCCUCACUUUCCCAUGGCAGCCUAAAGAGGGAGCGUACCAGUACACCAUCAAGGUGACUGGAGGAAGUGGCAACUUCAGCUGGUCGUCCACUAACUCAGCAGUCGCCACGGUUACAGUGAAAGGCGUGAUGACCACAGUCAGAGAUGUUGGAGUCAGUGUGAUUUACGCCCAUGACAUGAGAAACCCACUGCACUACGGAGACAUGAAGGUGUAUGUGAUCGAGCCGGUGAGGAUGGAGUUCAGCCCGUGUGUGGUGGAGGCCCGCCUGGGCUUGAGUCUGGAUCUGCCGCUGCGAAUCUUCGGUCAGCUGGCUGGAGAGAGAGUGACACUCAGUGACUGCUCUCACUUUGAUAUGCAGGUGGACAUGGAGAGUCACGGUGUCUUUCAGCUGCUGGAGGGUAGACUUCCCCCAGGUCAGGGCCACUGCAGCGGGGUCAGAGUUCAGGCCUUGACCCCCGGUUACACCAACCUAUUGGUUAGCUACACCCAUAGUAAUGUUCACCUCAGCGCAAAGAUCACCAUUGCUGCCUACCCCCCUCUCAAGCCGAUUGACCCCAUGUCUGUGGCUGUGGUGACAUUAGGCUCCUCUAAAGACAUGACGUUUGAAGGAGGCCCCCGGCCCUGGGUCCUAGAGCCUUCCAAGUUCUUCAGAAACCUCACGGCUGAGGACCACAGCAGUGUCACGCUGUCUCUGUACGGACCCGCCUCACGGACAUACUCCAGACAUUUGGUCAGAGCCACAUGCCGCGCUCUGGGAGAACAGGUCUUAGCAGUGACAGUUGGAAACCAGCCCACCGUGACGAACCCCUUCCCUGCUGUGGAGCCGGCUGUGGUGAAGUUUGUGUGCGCACCUCCGUCACGUCUCACACUGACACCCAUUUACGUGAACCCACAGCUGGAUGUGUCCUGUCCUCUGCUGCAGCAGAACAAACAAGUGGUGCCAGUUUCAAAUUAUCACAACCCAGAGCUGGAUGUGGCGGCCUUUGACCAGCAGGGCAGGAAGUUUGAUAACUUCAGCUCUUUGAGUAUGAUCUGGGAGUCCUCCAAAGUUUCCCUGGCGAGCAUCGAACCAACCAUGCCCAUGCAGCUACACGUAAACGAGGACGACAACAAACAGAAAAAACUCCAUGGUCAUCAGACGGUUCUUGUCCAUCAUGAAUCAGGCGUGGCAGCCAUCACUGUGACUGCAGUCGGCUAUCAAACGUCCCAUCUAGAGGCAGCAGCCGUUUUGAGUGGAGUGGUCCCGGCUCAGGCGGGGGUCUUGCAGGUGAUGGUUCAUGACCUUUGUCUGAACUUCCCUUCUCCUGCUACGGCUACGGUUCACAUCUCUGAUAUUCUGGAGGUUUAUGUGCGUGUGGUCGACAAGGUGGAGAUCGGCAAGUCAGUCAAAGCAUAUGUUCGGGUUUUGGAUGGCAACAAGAAGCCUUUCCUGUCCAGAUAUUUCUCUGUCAUGAACCUGAAGCUGAGGGCAGCGUCCUCCAUUAUAUCCCUGCAGGCCCUGCCCGAUUCUUCAGAAGAAGAUACAGCCACAUUUCUGGUCAAAGGUCUGGUGAUCGGACAAACUAGUGUGUCUGCUGUCGUCAUAGACAAAAAUGGCAGGAAAAUCAACUCUGCGCCCCAGCAGAUUGAAGUAUUUCCUCCCUUCAGACUGCUGCCCAGGAAAGUCACUUUGAUAGUCGGCGCAAUGAUGCAGAUCACGUCAGAGGGAGGACCACAGCCCCAGUCCAACAUCCUCUUCUCUCUGUCCCACGAGAGCAUCGCCUCUGUCAGCAGUCUGGGGCACGUCAAGGGCCUGUCGGUGGGCAACAUGAGCGUGACCGGCGUGGUUCAGGCGGUCGACACUGAAACUGGCAAACUGGUGGUGGUGUCAAAGGAUCAAGUGGAUGUUGAGGUGGUCCAGCUGAAGGCCAUAAGAAUCCGAGCUCCCAUCACCAGAAUGAAGACAGGCACUCUGAUGCCGGUGUAUGUGAUGGGCCUGACCAGCAGCCAGACGCCGUUCUCCUUCGGGAACGCUCUUCCUGGACUGACCUUCCACUGGUCUGUGACUAAGAGAGACGUUCUGGACGUUCACACGCGCCAUGCGGAGGCGUCUGUACAGCUCAGCGCUGAGCACAACUUCGCCAUGAGUGUGUUUGGCAGGAGUAAAGGCCGCACAGGACUGAGGGUGGUGGUGAAGACCAGCGUUCCCCUGGCUGGACAUCUGCAGGACAGUGCCCUCGAGCUGCAUGAUGAGAUACAGAUUCAGGUUUAUGAGAAACUGCAGCUGUUGAACCCAGAAGUUCACGUUGAUGACAUCCUGAUGUCCCCAAACUCCCUGCUCAAACUCCAAACCAACAGAGAUGGACUGGGCUCUCUGUCCUACCGUGUGCUGGACUGUCCGGACAGAGCUGCUCUCGUUCAGGUGGAUGAUAAAGGUCAUCUGACGUCUGGAUCUCUGACAGGAACUGCAUCGCUACAGAUCAGCUCACAGGAAACAUUCGGCGUCAAUCAAACCAUCAUCGUCGCUGUGAAGGUGGUGACCGUCUCAUACCUGCGUCUGAGCACUAGUCCGGUCAUGUACACGUCUAACAGAGAGGCUGUGUCCGCCAUCCCGCUGGGAGCCAUUCUGACCUUCAGCGUUCAUUUCCACGACAGCACAGGAGAAACCUUACACAGCCACAACUCAAUGCUCAGCUUCUCCACCAACAGGGAUGAUUUGGUGCAGGUCGGUAAGGGUUCGAGUAACGGCACGCUGACGGUGCGGACGGUGAAUGUGGGUCUGACUCUGCUGGGGGUCUGGGACUCGGAGCAGGCCGGACUCGCUGAUUUCCUCGCACUGCCGGUCCAGCAUGCCAUUCAUCCGGCUGAAGCCCAGCGGCUGGUCGUGGGAGACGUUGUGUGCUUUUCUGCACAGUUUGUUAAUCAGGAGGGUGCAUCAGGUGUGUGGAGGUCGUCGUCCAGCGCUCUGCUGGAGAUCGAUCCCAGGACUGGAGCGGCGGUAGCCAGAGACAAGGGCACAGUCACUGUGUACUACGAGAUACCCGGUCAACUCCGCACCUACAGAGAGGUUCUAAUUGAAGGUGCGUCUCGGACGUCUGUCGUGAUUCCCGCAGUGAAGAAGGACAGAGACCCUAAAGUCCUGAUGUCAACCAGGAGCACAGGAAGCAACCUCAUCGGAAGCUGCUCUUCAUCUCAGUCCGACAGCAUGGCUCUGCUCCACCCAGAGUCCUCGGUCAGCUGUCAGCUCCGCUUCACCAGCAGCGCUGUGGAUUUCUCUCCUCAUGACGUCUACCACACUCACACAGCAUUCGACGCCAGCACAGGCUUCUACAGCUGCGCGCUGAGCUUCAAGCCCAUGAGCGACCAGCAGGUGAAGGUGUUGAGUCUGUCUAUGACGGAGGUGGAAGUGAGGGCCAGCGUGCAGGAAUCUCUCUUCAGCGGAGAGCAGCUCAGCGUCCGGCUGCCUGUCAGUCCAGGGAUCUACGCUGAUCAGACGGACCUCAUCCUGAGCAAUCAGCACCCGUCUGCUGAGCUGACCAUCUACGGCACGGCAGGCGCUCUUCAGCAGCUGGAUGUGAAGAGCAGUUCUCCUGCAAUUGUGAUAGAGGAGAAGGAGGUUUCUCUCAGCUUCCCCAGCUACAUCAGAUACACGGUUCGAGUAGUGAAGCCGCAAGGAUCGCUGACGGCGUCAGUGUCUGUGAGCAGCCCGUCCAGUGCUCAGGUGCUGCACAUCCCAGUGUCUGUCAUGCAUCUAGCAGCCAGCAGCUCUUCUGUGCAAGCACAUAUAGUAGAUGGAGCUGACGGGCCCAAUAUUCUUCAGCAGUUCAUCGACUCCUAUCAAGUGAUGUUCUUCACUUUAUUCGCUCUUUUGGCUGCCACUGCUGUUGUCAUCAUCGUGUGCCAUGCACUGUUUUCCUCGAGAGAUCCUGUCAAUCAUCCUGCGUUCAUCCAGAAGACUCCGCCUCCUGCAGGUGUAGUGAAGCUGACUGGAAGCCCCUUCAACAACAGCAUGUCUUCAGACACGAAGGCAAGCCCAAGAUUGCGCUUGUAUUCACCAGACUACAACUCCAGAUAAACCGUCUCCAUCUGAAGACUGAAGAACGUGCAUUCCCACACAGGAGUAUAAGCGUGCUGGAAGAUACGUGUGCAAGAGUAUUGCUUUCAUGCUUGAAACGAUAGCUUUUUCAUUUGAGUCCUCUUGUGCUGAAAUGCUGCAUAUCUGACUGAAUAUAGCGGAGCUGCAUAUUGUUUUGCUUGUUUGAUUAUUUAAACGUUUGACGUGUGGACUUUUCCCCCCAAUAGUUUUCAUAGCUUGAGACAUUCAAUUUUUUUGUGAUUUGCAAUGUUAAACUGUUUUUUUGUUUUCUGAAGCUCAGGAUAACUUUUGAAAUGUAAUGUGAGACUGCGGCUCGAUUGUGUAGCAUGUUGAUUUGUGAAAAGUGCAACCACUGAUUCCGUCCAAAGUGCUCUUACAUGUGUUUGCUGUGCAGAAACCAACGGCCAGUCGUUUUGUUUUAUGAACAAUAUUAUAUUGAUUUUAAUGAUAUGUUGAACUCUUUUGAGUUGAGUGCAGCUUCUUCCAGUUAUUGAUGUGAAUGUUAAAUAUGUUUAAGGGCUUAAUUCUGUUCAGUUGCUUUAGAUUUAACGGGCUUCUGAAAGGACUGACUGGUACUCUGUGAAGUAGCUUUCUCUUGAACCUGCAGCAGAUUUUGACAUGAUUGUUUGCUGUUCAAAUGAAGCAUCAGUCCCACAAUAGAUACAUUACACUGAUACAUCUGUGACUGUGAGUGUUGAUUCAAGAAUGUGAUCAUUAUUGACCGAAAAAUGCCUCAGCCUAGAUUUUUCUGGUAUCUGCCUUUGUAAGCAAGAGCCAUAAUGUGACUCAGAACUGCUGCACUGAAUAAAACCAGGAAUUGUGAAUCUGUCAUAAGCUUUGACUAAUCUGUAGAUGUAACCACUUCUGAGCCUUUGUCAAUGUAUGUGCUCUUCUGUCAUUCAUAGCUUCCUCAAGUUAACCGCUUCUUCCUUUAUUUACACCGAGCUUUGUGCAGCAUGUUUGUCAUCUAUAAAAAUUAAAUAUGCU